CUGCAUUUUUAUUGGAUUUUUCGAUAGAAGCAGAAAGGAGAGAGAGAGAAGAAACAAUCAAAGCAAAAGCUUUUUUAGCCUCUCACUGUCCUCAAACACUUUGGGGUUAUAGUAAAGUGUGUUUCUUUGAGGAGGAGAAGAAAAAAAAAAGGGGGUGGGUAGGAUAAGCAGAGGGGGGUGUAGUUUAAGAGCUUGGUUAUCUAGCUAUGGUGGAGUUGAUUUGAGGUCAAAAAACACUGAAAUUGUUUAUUGGGUAGUGAUUUUAGCUCAAAUCUUGACUUGGGUCUUGCUUGUUUUCUUUAUUUGAGGUGGUUAGCUAGCUUAGCUUAACUACAAUGGCAGUUGCUGUGCAGUUUAGCUGUUUUAAGAAGAAGAAAGGAGCUUAUCUUGUAGUUUUCAUGUUGGUUUACUUGUGGGGUUCUUUGAUUUCGUUAUCUUGUGCUGCUAGACUAUCUGUUUCAAGACAGAAGCUUGAGGUUGAGAAACACUUGAAAAGGGUCAAUAAACCUCCCAUUAAAAGCAUUGAGAGUGUAGAUGGGGAUAUCAUUGACUGUAUACACAUCUCUCAGCAACCUGCUUUUGACCACCCAUUCCUCAAAGAUCACAAAAUCCAGAUGAGACCUAGCUAUCAUCCAGAAGGGCUUUAUGAUGAGGAGAAAAUGUCAACAAGGUCUAAAGAAAGUACUAAUCCCAUAACUCAGUUGUGGCAUAUGAAUGGAAGAUGCCCUGAGGACACUAUUCCUGUUAGGAGAACAAAGAAAGAUGAUGUUUUGAGGGCAAGUUCUGUCAAAAAGUAUGGUAAGAAGAAGCCCAAAGGCAUUGCUAAGCCAAGGUCUACAGAUCCUGACCUUACCAAUGAAAGUGGCCAUCAGCAUGCAAUAGCUUAUGUUGAAGGAGAUAGGUAUUAUGGAGCUAAAGCAACUAUUAAUGUAUGGGAACCUAAGGUACAACAAUCAAAUGAGUUUAGCUUAUCUCAGCUUUGGAUUCUUGGUGGUUCUUUUGGUCAAGAUCUAAACAGCAUUGAAGCUGGUUGGCAGGUUAGCCCUGACCUCUAUGGUGACAAUAACACAAGACUAUUCACUUACUGGACUAGUGAUGCAUAUCAAGCAACAGGUUGCUACAACCUUCUUUGCUCAGGUUUCAUUCAAGUCAGCAGUGCUAUAGCUAUGGGAGCAAGUAUCUCUCCUGUUUCUGCCUUGAGAAACUCUCAGUACGAUAUCAGUAUUCUUAUCUGGAAGGAUCCAAAAGAAGGACAUUGGUGGAUGCAAUUUGGAAAUGACUAUGUAUUAGGGUAUUGGCCAUCUUUCUUGUUUUCCUAUUUAGCAGAGAGUGCAUCCAUGAUAGAGUGGGGUGGUGAAGUGGUGAAUUCACAACCAGAUGGUAAACAUACAGCUACACAAAUGGGAAGUGGUAGAUUUCCAGAAGAAGGUUUUGGCAAGUCCAGUUAUUUCAGAAACAUUCAAGUUGUUGACAGCUCAAAUAAUCUUAAAUCUCCAAAAGAUCUUGGCACCUUCACUGAGCAAUCCAACUGUUAUGAUGUCCAAACAGGAAGUAAUGAGGAUUGGGGCCAUCACUUUUACUAUGGAGGCCCUGGUAGAAACCCCAAUUGUCAAUGAGGCAAUAAAAAAGCUCAAAAACAAGAAAAAAAAAAAAAGAGAAGAAGAUCUCAUUAUUGAUAAUAGUCCCCACCCUUGUAAAAUUUUAAUCUAGUCUAAUGCUCUCUUUCUUGUAUACCCCUUUUGGUUUUCUUGAUUUUUUAGGUUUGAGUUAGUAGUAAAAAUGUGAACUUUUUUUCUUUAGUGGGAAGUUUUGAUCCUAUUGCUUUUUUUUUCCUUCACCUUGAAAGGUGAUCUCCCAUGUAAGUGAAUGGGAAAGUGUGGCCUAGUUUCUCAAAAAAAGCUUGAAAGAAACAAAGGGCCUUUUGUCAUCUUCUUUGUUUUUCAUUUGUUUAUAUACUCCACUCUAUGGAGUAAUGUCACUCUAUGGAUAAUCAAAUGUAUCCCAUUAGUUUUCAUUUU